CGAAUCGAAUCGGUGCCGACGGCGAUGUUUGAGUUUUCCGUCAAUCCUGCUCAAUCCAUCAGCUAUCCAUCACACAUUUUCCGAUGCCCACAUCACAUUUCGCGAUCUUUUGCUAACCUCCAAACUGGUACGCUGUACUAAAUAUAUUACCUACCCUACUAUCCACUGUACUACCUAGAGUAUUCAACCAUGUCUCUUCAUCCUCCUACUACCAAAUCUGUGAUUGUUGUCGGCGAUGGAUAUGCUGCUAAAAACACGCUACAAAGCUUGGUGGCCCGCCACGGCGGAAGUGUUACUGUUGUAGCUGGUGUAUCUAACCCUGAAACUUUCACUCCUAUGGCCGGGGUAAUUCCCACAAAAGCUAACAUGUGGGACAAAUACGCCUUGGCCGAGACCUUGAAGGAACGAAACUACGCUCGGUUGUUUCUGGUUUUGCCAGGGCACGCAGAUCGGUUGCACGUGGACAAUGACGCAGCUUCUUUGGAUGAGUCUCCUCCUCCUCUUCCUCUUCUCGCACAAGCCCCAAUGGUCCGACGCAUCAGUUCAACAAGCGUCAGAAACAACGUCAGCUCUGAUCAUUCCUCUGCAUCCGGUGGAUCGCAGGAUGUGUCAGAUCCAUCCAAGUGCCUCCGAAUUCAGCGAAGGAACAUUGUUGAGGGUUGGUUCCCCAUGAAGGUGAAGAUCGUUCAGUUCUCGCUUCCCAGCUUUGACCCCAAGUCCAGAGCUGGAAAGCCAGUCAACGCGACAAGUGAUAAUGGUAUUUCCCUCCUGGAACAGGCUUUGAUGGGUCCUUAUCAUUCAAAAGUGGCUACCGCCUCGGGAAUUCCAACCACUCCUGUUGAUGAUAGCCACGUGGCUGGAUCGUCGCAAUUGCCUGAUGAUGGCACACUCUUGAACAAGGCCCCAACAGUCUGGCAGGAAUAUCUGGAGUCUCUGGUACCGCCAGGGGAGACGGUGGAAGUCCCCAAGGAAAUAUCUUUCACAGCAUCUCCUACUCCGCUAGCUCCCGCUGCUGUGGCUCCAGUUCACCAUUUAAUGUUGCCAACAUCGACCGUUUUCCCCUCAAGCUGA